UGGCUUCUUGUAUAUGGCAUUAUAGCAUUGGCAGCAGAUAAGACCAAAUCUUUUGCCAUGUUAAGUUACCGAUUUCGUCCACCUGGUAUCGGGUUGUGACCUGAACUCUGAUAUCAUGUUAAGUUACGGGUUUUUCUAAAACUUUAAAUGCCUUAGUUUGAAAUUUUUGGAAAUGCCAUUCUAUUGCUUCUGAAAUCUUUGGCCCCUGAACUUCUUGCUUCUCUUAUGUGCAAUGAUAUGUUGAGGCAAAGAUUAUCAGAACCUUUACUGGCCGAGGAAUCUCAAGAAAGGCGUAGCCAAUUAGGCCAGGCCAACUUUUUUAGCAAAUUGGUUUUUUCUUGGGUGAGCCCUUUACUCUCUUUGGGUUCUGAAAAGCCACUGAUUCUUGAUGAUAUUCCAUACUUGGCUACCGAUGACCAAGCAAUUGUAGCGAAUGAGAAAUUUGUGCAUGCGUGGGAUUCACUUCUGAAAGAAAGAGGCCUAGACAGUGACAGAAAUUUGGUUUUUUGGGCUAUAGCAAGAACUUACUGGAAGGAAAUGAUGUUUGUAGGCAUCUGUUCUUUCCUAAGAACAGCUUCUGUUUCACUUUCUCCAUUAUUGCUAUAUUGCUUUGUUAAUUACUCAAAACGCGAAACAAAAGAUGCUACAUUGCAGGGUGCAAUUUUAGUGGGGAGCUUAGUUCUUUGCAAGAUUACUGAAUCUUUUUCUCAUAGGCACUUCUAUUUUAGUUCAAGAAGGUAUGGCAUGAGAAUGAGAUCAGCUUUAAUGGUAGCGGUUUAUCAAAAACUCUUGAGGCUUUCUAGUUUAGGAAGACGGAGACAUUCAACUGGAGAGGUAGUCAAUUACAUUGCAGUAGAUGCUUAUCGGAUGGGGGAAUUUCCCAUGUGGCUUCACACGGCAUGGUGUGCUGCACUGCAAUUACUUCUUGCAAUGGUUGUUCUUUUGCUAGUUGUGGGGACUGGUGUUCUUCCAGGUUUAGUCCCACUAUUCAUCUGUGGAAUCCUAAAUGUGCCUUUUGCAAGAAUACUUCAAAAGUGUCAGAUGCAGUUUAUGUCUGCGCAAGACCAGCGUCUUAGGUCAAUGUCUGAAAUACUAAAUAAUAUGAAGAUCAUCAAGUUACAGUCCUGGGAAGAGAAAUUCAAAAACCUGGUUGAGUCUUAUAGAGAUGAUGAAUUCAAAUGGUUGUCAAAAUCUCUGUUUAAAAAAGUUUAUGGUACUGUUUUGUAUUGGAUGUCUCCUACAAUUGUAUCUUCAGUUGUUUUCAUUGGAUGUGCAUUUUUCAAGAGAGACCCCCUCGAUGCAGGAACAAUUUUUACAAUUUUAGCAGCAUUGCGUACUAUGUCAGAACCCGUCAGAGUGAUACCUGAGGCUCUUUCUAUGUUGAUCCAGGUCAAGGUCUCCUUUGAUAGGAUCAACUCUUUUCUGCUUGAGGAUGAACUUAUAAAAAAUGGAGGUGAAAGCAAACAAUGGGACUCGGAAAUUUGUAUAAGAAUACUGAAUGGCGAUUUUAGUUGGGCUCCUGAUUCAGGCAUUUCCACACUGAAUAAUAUAAAUCUUGAACUUAAACGAGGCAACAAAAUUGCAGUCUGUGGUCCUGUUGGAGCUGGAAAAUCAUCAUUUCUAUAUGCCCUGCUCGGAGAAAUAAGCAAGACAUCAGGAAAUGUGGAUAUUAUGGGUUCAGUUGCUUAUGUUUCUCAAGGUGCUUGGAUCCAAAGUGGAACAAUUCGCGAUAACAUUCUCAGUGGACGAGCAAUGGAGAAAUUCAAAUAUGAAGAGGCCAUAAGAGUAUGUGCUUUGGAUAAGGAUAUUAAUAGCUUUGAUUAUGGCGAUCUCACUGAAAUAGGUCAGAGAGGGCUUAACAUGAGCGGAGGACAGAAGCAGAGGAUUCAACUUUGUCGAGCAGUAUAUAGUGAUGCUGACAUCUAUCUUCUUGAUGAUCCUUUUAGUGCAGUAGAUGCACAUACAGCAGCUACUCUUUUUAAAGACUGUGUCAUGGCUGCUCUAGAUAAGAAGACCAUCAUUCUUGUGACUCAUCAAGUCGAAUUUCUUUUAUUGGUUGACAACAUCCUGGUCAUGGAAGGCGGAAAAAUAACUCAAUCAGGAAACUACAAGGAACUACUGAUGGCCGGCACAGCAUUUGAACAACUUGUAAAUGCUCAUAAAAAUGCAAUACCAGGACUGAAAUUUUCAGAUCAUAAGACUAAAAUUUUUGAACAUACAAUGGGACAAAUGGAUGGUCUGAAAGACUCUAACUCGGGUCACCUCAGCAAGGUAAACAUUGAGGCUGAGAUUUCAAUGAAGCGUUUGCCAGGGGUACAAUUGACAGAAGAGGAAGAGAAGGAGAUUGGUGAUGUUGGUUGGAAGCCAUUUCUGGAUUACAUAAAGAUUUCGAGGGGAACAUUGUUUCUGUGUUAUACAGUACUAAGUCAGCUUGGAUUCGCAGGUCUCCAGGCUGCUGCUAGCAUUUGGCUGGCAUUUGGCGUUCAAGUACCUAAAAUCAGCAUUUUCGUGUUGAUUGGUGUCUAUACUGCACUAUCCACAUUAAGUUCCUUCUUUGUCUACCUAAGAUCUCUAUUUUCAGCUAUUCUGGGAUUAAAAGCCUCAAAAGCAUUUUUCUCUGGUUUCACUGAUUCCAUUUUCAGAGCUCCUAUGCUCUUCUUUGAUUCUACUCCAGUAGGGCGGAUCCUAACACGAGCUUCAUCAGAUCUGAGUACACUAGACUUUCACAUCCCUUUCUCCUUUUGUUUUGUAUUGGCUGGUGUAGUUGAUUUAUUCUCAACUAUCGGCAUCAUGGCCUUGGUCACAUGGCAAGUUCUUAUAGUAGGCAUCAUAGCAACCGUAUUAUCAAAAUAUCUCCAGGGAUAUUAUCAACCCUCAGCAAGAGAGCUAAUGAGAAUCAAUGGAACAACAAAAGCUCCAGUCAUGAGUUAUGCAGGUGAGACAGCACUUGGAGUGGUAACUGUAAGAGCAUUCAACAUGGAGGAAAGAUUUCUUCAUAAGUACUUAAAGCUCGUGGACACGGAUGCAUGUAGUUUCUUAUAUUCUAAUGCAACAAUGGAGUGGCUAAUUUUGAGAGCAGAAGCACUUCAAAAUCUGACGUUAUUCACUGCUGCUUUUCUACUAGUGUAUCUUCCCGCUGGUUAUGUAGCUCCAGGACUCGUAGGGCUAUCUCUUUCUUAUGCACUAGCAUUGGGAGGCACACAAGUUUUCUUGAUCCGAUGGUAUUGUAAUUUAUCAAAUUACAUCGUUUCAGUGGAACGAAUUAAGCAGUUCAUGGAUAUACCAACAGAGCCUGCUGCAAUAAUAGAGAACAAUAGACCACCGCCUUCUUGGCCUUUCAAGGGUGAGGUUAAACUGCUAGAGCUAAAGAUAAGGUACCGUCCCAACUCUCCCUUAGUUCUCAAAGGGAUCACAUGCACUUUCAAAGAAGGAACUAGAGUAGGCAUUGUUGGGCGUACUGGAAGUGGGAAAACUACAUUGAUAACUGCAUUGUUCCGUCUGGUGGAGCCUUACAGUGGAAAGAUUAUUGUAGAUGGGAUCGACAUUUGUUCCAUAGGCCUCAAGGAUUUGAGGAUGAAACUCAGUGUCAUCCCUCAGGAACCAACUCUGUUCAAAGGUAGCAUUCGUACAAACUUGGACCCUUUAGGCCUUUACACCGACGAUGAUAUCUGGAAGGCAUUAGAGAAGUGCCAACUAAAGGAUAUAAUCAGUAGUCUCCCAAACUUACUGGAUUCUUCUGUAAGCGACGAAGGUGAGAAUUGGAGUGCUGGACAGCGGCAACUCUUUUGUCUAGGAAGAGUACUUCUCAAGAGGAACAAAAUACUUAUCUUGGAUGAAGCUACCGCUUCUAUAGACUCUGCAACCGAUGCCAUUUUGCAGAAGAUCAUCCGCGAAGAGUUCUCAGAAUGCACGGUAAUAACAGUGGCUCACAGGAUUCCAACUGUGAUAGAUAGUGACAUGGUCAUGGUCCUCUCAUUUGGGGAACUAGUGGAGUACGAGGAACCAGCAAAGCUUAUGGAGGAUACUGAUUCCUCUUUUGCCAAGCUUGUUGCAGAAUAUUGGUCUACUACCCGUGUCUGAGAAUGUAUCUUUAAAGUUUCAAGAGUAAAUGACAAAAUGAUGGUCGUAGUUCAAAAUUUAUACUUUAAAAACUACCUAAUGUAAUUCCACAUUUUAAUAA